UGACCCGCGCCUAUGAUUUCCAUAUUUUGUGUCGUGUUGAAAAGCUUAGGAUAGGAUGAAAUGCUUUUUCCUUUCCUUUCUUGUUUUCUCUUUAUUUAUUACGUCCAAUGCUCGUUCAUUGACGUGACAGAUAAAAUAGGUAUUGCAGGGAUUGAUGGGAUUCUAGCAGCUUUUGGGGAUUUCGACGGAGACAAACAGAAUGACUUCUUCGUUAUUACAAAUGGAGGGAGCAGCCUAGAAAUAUUCCUGUGGCAAGGGUCACAACAGAAGUUCAGAAAGUCGAAAGCAAAUAUCCACCUUAGCAAUAGAUCUGAAAGGAUAGUGAAUGCUGCUCCCGGUGACUAUGAUGAGGAUGGGUGUAUGGACGUGGUGAUAACAAUAGAACCAAAAGAGCCGUCACAUCUGCAUUCUCAGCCAAAGAAGGUGUACGUGUUUUGGGGAAACCAAGACAAGUUUAGCCAGUUUUCCACCAAUGAAUCAGUAAUUGGGGAGCAAUUUGCAGACCAGCCAACUGUUUUAGAUGUAAAUGGUGACUUUGUUCCUGAUUUGUUUGGCACAAAAUAUGAUGCUGUUAAUCAGUCUAUUCAAAUCAGAAAUUACUGGAUAUCUGAAGGAAGGAACCGUAAGUUCUAUGAAGUAGAGCAGACAGCAAAUGAUACCUCUUCAGAGCAGCCCCGCCCUCUCACACUUGACCCCAUCAGAUCCCCUCACUCAAAUGCCUUCCUGGAUCUUAGUGGCGACAUGGUUGCAGAUCUUGUAGUCACAUCACAGAGACAAAAUAAAGAGUAUAAAUUUGAGAUUUGGGAAGAUAAGGAGGGGGUUUUGGUGCUCAAUCAUCAAAGUGUGGAACUUCCUAAUGACAUCAAGACAUCUGUCCAUCACGUUGGGCAGUCAUCAUUUGCUGACAUUGACGCAGAUGGAAGCAUUGAUAUGUUGGUACCUGUCUGUAUGGAUGCAAGCUGCAAGAAGAGCCACAUUUAUUUGUAUUCAAAAAGCAAGUGGGCCAAAAUCCUUUCUAAUGACAAAGAUAUCUGGGAGUUUAUCAGUCCUUCAAGUAAUCUAAGCCGGCCAGACAUACCUUUGAUGGUGCUCAGAACAGGUGACUACAACAUGGAUGGCUACCCUGAUGUGCUCAUGAUUGUCAAUGUUGUCAUGUCUGACCAAAAAAAAUCAAUCAGACAAAUUCCUGUCCUGUUGGAGAAUGUCCCUUGUCCAGACCGUGACAACGGGAAGGCAUGUGCUGAGGGGCGGACAUUCAAUAUACAGUGGAAGGUUUGGUCUUUGAUGGAGAGAUCUGUUUUAGCCACAUUUGUUGAUCUGUUUGAAAAUGGUAUCACAGAUUUCAUGAUAGUGACAGAAGAUGGCAAGACUCCUGGCAAAUACCACCUUCACGCCAUCCGGAAUGACAUCUUCCUUGAUGCCUCCUUCCUAAAGAUUAUUGUUCUCGGAGGUGAACUCACAGCCUCUUGCUCAGAUGAAGACAAGCUUCCCUAUGGCGUUAACCAGGCCGGUCCAUUUAUUGCCUACACCACGACUGAUACCAACGGCCAGACAAAGCAAGGGAGUGCGGCCCAGCUAUCUCAGUCUGCCUACUUUGCGCUACAGUGUCCUUAUACUGUGUUCGGACUUGGGCAGACUCCAAACUUUGUAGACAAGUUGACGAUCGGCAUGCCGAGAGCUAAGAACUCGCCAAUGAGGACUCAUUCCUGGCCAUCAAUCAUCCCGAACUCUCAAAUGAUUGUCAUCCCGUACCCUCCCAACCAGCCAAACAAGUGGAAGUCCAUGCUCCUCGUCACGCCUAGUAAGCUCCUCCUUCUGACUGGUCUCUCGUUGCUCGGCAUCUGCGCCUUCAUCGGCCUCAUCAUCCUUGCCCUCCACCUCAAGGAAAAAAGAGCUGACCAGAAAGAGAAACGACAAGACGCGCACAAAUUCCAUUUCGAUGCCAUGUAAACCGGCGCACCACGUGACGCAUCCUUAUUUGGCGCUUUCCACCCACGUGUGGCGCCUCUUGAACUUGUGACGUCAUGUUGAUCCCCCCCGUUGCCAUUGGAUUCUUCUGACUUUCGGCACUAGUGUCGCUCCAACUUCAGGAGGGUAGAGGCAGUCUCAGAUUACCGUGACGUCAUGCACCCUCCCCCUUGUUGCUUGCGGGUGCAGGCAGUCUGUAGGUAGGUUUCAGUGCGAUAUUCUACGUUGGCUGCAAAUGCGACUUCCUCAGGAUCCAAAGAAUCUUUGCGAGCGUCGCAUUUCUCUACCUCAGGAUAUGUAUUUUUUUUAGCUGCCUUACCUUAAGGCUUGCUUCUAGAAAUGGAGAGGUAUUAUUUAAAAUCUUAUUUAAACUAGGGAGAACAAUUUAGAUAUAAUAGAUUCUACAUUUAAUAUUUUUCCUCGUAGUAUCCACUGUAAAUUUACCGUGUAUCAGAUAUAUUUGAAGUAUUUUGAUAGGUAUGGAUAACAUUGUGUAAAUUGUUUCGUGAAAUAGCCAUUAAAUGCAUAGUUUUUUUGAUGUUAUGGUGCUGCCUCGUUCUCAGAUUAUUAACAAACAUGCAAAGUAAACAUACAAAGCAUGAUGGGAAGGGUAGACCUUCCAUUAGUCACGUGCAAACCUGUUGAAUGUCGCACGGUACACAUUCUAUGAAGAAGUGGCAGGGGUAAAGUAUUCACAGAGACAAAAAGGAACGCGUUAUCUAGCCAAAACCCUCAAUUUACAAAACAGACAUUCCUUUUUUAAAGGGGCAGUGUCAUGGUAAGAGAUUUGCAAUAGCUCUCCGACCUGGACCCAAUGAAGUUCAGUCAAAUUCUAAUGACUUCUAAUGACUUGACUUAUAAGCCUUUGGUACAUGUGGGAGACUUUAAUUCGAAGGAAAUGACCACAAACUGUCAAUAAACACAGCUUUCAAUAAAAUAUUAUAUAUUAAUUUAACAAGGCAUUGACAGAUUAGAGUUCAACUGUGUCGACAAUUAAAAGCCUACAAUCACUCCCGACAUGCGCAGUACCAUGACGCUGCCUCUUUAAGCAUUUCAGGUGGCACCAACGCCAUGGGCAUCUCUAGUAAAGGCGGUAAACGUUGCAAGUUGAAAAGUAGUGUUGAAGAAAGUGGGAGUUAAUUCUUCUUUUCGCAACAAUUUUGUUAAGUUUAUUCUUCGUUUGCAUGUAAAUGAUUAUUCUUUUGUCACUUGUUAUUGUAGUUUUAUAAUUCGCUGUCACUGUUAUUACAAUGAUUGAUUGGAAUAAAGCAAUAUAGCCGCUUUAAACGUU